GCCUCUGAAUUUUUUUGCCGUGAUAUCCGCGCCGUCCCGUGUUCUCUGUGUGGACCAGCUUCCCGAUUUAAUUCCGACAGCGCCCUCCCAUAUACACUGGCAAUGGCUUCGCCAACGCUCGAGGGGCUGGCAAACAGCAGCACCAACGUUGAUGACCCCAAACUUUCGGCCUCGUCCUCUUCCCGACCCUCGUCUUCGUCGCGCUCUUCGGACCUUGGGGAGCGGCGGCCGCAGCCAAAACUGCAGGUUCCUGCUGGAUUACAGGCGCGAAUGGGCAAGAAGACGAAUAGCGUGCAGGAAUUGAGGACGCAGGUUAUGGAGGGGGAGUUUAAGAUUAAACAUCUUGGGUUGUUGGGGGUGUUGGUGUGGAUACUAUUGCUGCACGUUGCUGGUAUCUUCUUCUUUACAAAGGGAUUCCUCUUGACUCGAAUGGUUCUGGACAACAAAUCGUCUUGCAAAAUACUUCCGUUUGACGACUCGUCGCAUGCGCCGGCGUGGACUGCUGGGAGGAGUGAUAAGGGUUGCUGGCAUCAGAAGUCGUUCGACAAGGCUAUUGUGAUUAUCAUCGAUGCGUUGCGCUAUGAUUUCACGGUCCCGUUUGCGCCAAGUGUGGAAAGUGAACAAGCUCAUCUGUUCCACAAUAAUAUCCCCGUUCUCUAUGAGACCGCCGUCAACGAACCGGAGAAAGCGUUCCUGCUUCCAUUUAUCGCGGACCCACCGACCACGACGCUUCAGCGACUAAAGGGUCUGACCACCGGAACUCUGCCGACCUUUGUCGACGCAGGGUCCAACUUUGCGGGAACGGCAAUUGAUGAGGAUAACCUGGUUGCUCAGCUGCGCGCGGCAGGAAAGAACUUGGUCCAUCUUGGCGAUGACACUUGGCAUUCUCUGUUUCCCGACUACUUCGAUACCAACCUGACACGACCGUUUGAUUCGUUCAAUGUGUGGGAUCUGUAUACUGUUGACAAUGGGGUUACCGCCAAUCUAUUCCCGCUCCUGCAUCCUGACAACGCUACCAAAUGGGAUGUCGUUUUCGGUCACUAUCUUGGUGUUGACCAUGCUGGCCACCGGUAUGGACCUGACCACUCAACAAUGGGCGAGAAACUUCGGGAAAUGGACCAAGUCAUUCGGAACCUCAUCGAGAUGGUCGACGAUGAUACACUACUAGUCAUUAUGGGCGAUCACGGAAUGGACUCAAAGGGCGACCAUGGCGGUGAAUCAGAUGAUGAAGUCGAGGCAGCUUUGUGGAUGUACUCGAAGAAGGGUAUGUUCGGCCGCACCAGCACUGAGACUGCUCGUCCGCCGAAGUCUCCUCGGGAGCGGUUCGUUCCUCAGAUCGAUCUCGUGCCGACCUUGUCUCUUCUUCUCGGCAUGCCGAUUCCAUUCAACAACCUUGGGUCUCCGAUUGAGGAAGCUUUUGCGGGGACGUACGGCAACGAUGUGAAGAACUUGGCUGCGGUUAACCGCUUGACGUCUGCGCAGAUCAAGAGAUACCAGCAUGAAUAUGCAGCAGCUCGAGGCGAAGACCAUAGCUUGUCUCUCGGGUCUCUGGAGUAUUGGAGCGAAGCGGAGCAGACGUUUGCAAAGGGCAAGUCGGAUGCGAUACUCCGUUCGGCGUAUGAUUCGUACAGGCAGUACCAGCGGGGUACCCUCGAGAUUUGCCGUGGAUUGUGGGCAAACUUUGACGUGCCAAGUAUGAUCCAGGGAGUUCUGAUCUUAUUCUCCGGUUUAGCUUUGUUGGUGUUUUAUGCCAGAGGUCUCAAGGUGAAUAGGACGGAACUUACCGGUUCGCUUCUUACGCUCGCUGGUGCGGGUUCCGGCUUGGGUGGUGCAGUUGGAAGUGUCAUUGGUGUUCUUGGGUUCGUCGACAUGCCAAUCAUCGAGUCAUCCGUUCUGUUUGCCGCUUUUGGUAGUAUAAUUGGUGCUGCAUGGUCGAUCUUUGGAUCUCAGCUGUCGCCUCCUCUGCCAAACUCCUUGUGGGGAUGGCUGUCUCUCAUCUUUACCGUGUCCCAGUCGAUUGGGUUUGCAUCGAACUCGUAUACAAUCUGGGAGGAUGAAAUCUUGCUGUUCUUCCUGUCCACUUUUGGUGUCGUUGCAGGUGUGUCCUCGAUGCGGCAAAAAGCGACUCAGGAUAGGGUUCUCGGGCUUUACCACUCGGUUCUGUUUGUGCUUCUUGGGAGGCUGGCGUCGUUCUCGCGUCUCUGCCGUGAGGAACAGAUGCCGUUCUGCCGGUCUACUUACUAUGCGUCGGCUACGUCCUCAACAUCUGCACCGUGGCAGCUGGCAAUUCCGUUCCUCGUGACGUUGAUAAUCCCCGCCGUCAUUAAAGCAUACUACACAGGCUCCAAGUCCUACGAAGGAACGUCGUCGUUGUGGAUUGGCGUCACCUUCCGCCUCGGACUCCUAAUUACAUCUCUGUUCUGGAUUCUCGAAGGUGCUGACGACGGCGGCUGGUUCAACGUAAGCAAAGAAGCCCUCAAAUCCAGCCGCAUGUUCCUCGCCCAAUUCGUCUUCGCCAUCGCCUUCGGAGCCGGCACAACAGCCUACAUGUAUGCGAAACCCUGCAUCAGCAUCAACGUCAGCAAAGGCAGCCCCGAUCCUGAAAAGCCCGCCUCACCCUCCGGCCAACAACCCGGCCGCACAACAGUCACAAUCCUCGGCUUCGGCAACGUCUACGGCACCCGCUUCUUCUUCCUAGUCGUCAACUUUGGCCUAGCCGUCAUCCUCAUGCAAAAACCAAUGGGCCAAGGCGCCAUCGGGCUGCUCCUCUGGCAAAUUUUGUCUUUGCUUGAAAUCCUUGACACAAACGCCCUUGCCACGACUAACGUCUCCAUCGGUCCAGUUGUUCUAGGCCUACUAGGCUCCUACUACUACUUCAAGACCGGCCACCAAGCCGUCCUCUCCACAAUCCAAUGGGAAACAGCCUUCAUCCCCCUCUCAACAGUCAAAUACCCCUGGUCCCCCCUCCUCGUCAUCCUAAACACCUUCGGCCCCCAGAUCCUCUCCGCAAUCGCAGUCCCCCUAACAGUUCUCUGGAAACGACCCCUGCAGGUACAGGAACCCGGUAAAACAGAUAACCCGUCUCUCCGCCUCCUCUCAGAUGUCGUACAAGCUGUUACUACGCACAUCUUGUAUCUGGGGACCAUUAAUUUGGCGACGACGAUGUGGGCGGGGCAUUUGAGACGGCAUCUCAUGUUGUAUCGAAUUUUUAGCCCUCGGUUUAUGAUGGGGGCGGCGGUUUUGGGGGUUGUGGAUGUUGUUGUCGCCUUUGUGGGGGUGCUCGGGGUUAGGUGGUGUGGGUUGAGUGUGGGGGAGGUUUUUGGGUGGUAGGCUUUCACCUGUCUAUCUGAAAUUAUCCAGCGCUGUCCGGAAGAAGAAAGCCCUGGAUAAUGGAGUUUUUAGGCAAUAUGGAAGAUGGCCUGCGGACUCGCUCCCGCAGAUGCGGUUGAGCAAGCGUACGCGGGAUUAACGCAUUGAUUGAAAGAGCAUUCAGAACAUUUCUCGAUCUAUCUCGAAUUGAGCUGAUGCGACGCGAUGUUUUUUGUAUUACUUUAUUUGUUCCACUAUCUAUACCUUGA